UUUCCCUUGUCCAAAAGCAUCGGAGGAGGCGUAGCAGCGAGGAAACAGAAGGCUUCGGGCGAUGGCUGCCACUAACCCCGGAGGCGUCAAGGCUGAUCAAGACUCGGAAUAUCCAGCACAGAGCACCGCUGACAUGACUGUAUUUGUCCAAAACCUUCUUGUGCAGAUGCAAAAUAGGUUCCAAGCAAUGUCUGACAGCAUUCUUUCAAAGAUUGAUGAUAUGGGAAGCAAGAUUGAUGAACUGGAGCAGAGCAUCAAUGACCUCAAGGCUGAGAUGGGUGUGGAAGGUGUAGCCAAUUCAAAGCCAGAAGAAGACGAGCCCUCCGAAGAUGCUGCAUGAAGUUAGUACAACCCUAUCAGUAAAGAGUGUGAUUGUGUUUUAUCCUCCAUCGAACUAAUUGCCAUUCCUUAUAUCUCCCUGAUUUUUUAGGCUUUAAUAAUAUUAAAAUGAGUGGUCCUUGUUGGUAUUUGUAAGAUUAUAUCAUAUUUCAUUCAAGACAAACAAUAUUCGAUUUCA